GGCGGUGGAGCGAAAACGCGGAAACAGGAAAAGGAAGUGAAAGGGGAGAAAAAAAGAAGUCUGUUGUUGUCUGGCGCUUGCUAAAGUUUUGUGAGACAAGGAGCCGUCAGUCCCUUCGUUUCCGCCAGUCCCUUCAUUUCCGUCUGUUCCGAGAUGUAUUACUAUCGCUAUGAGAACGCCGAGGUCAGUUGCUGUUACAAAUACCUCAUGUUCAGCUACAACAUCAUCUUCUGGCUGGCGGGCGUGGCCUUCAUCUCGGUGGGUUUGUGGGCGUGGAGCGAGAAGGGGGUCCUGCAGGACCUGAGCCAGGUGACCCGGAUGCACGGGUUCGACCCCGUCUGGUUGGUGCUGGUGGUGGGCGGAGUCACCUUCACUCUGGGCUUCGCUGGCUGUGUGGGGGCGCUGAGAGAGAACAUCUGUCUGCUCAAAUUUUUCUCGGGGAUGAUCGGGCUGAUCUUCUUCCUGGAGCUGACGGUGGCCGUGCUGGUGGUGGUGUUCCAGGGACAGGUCAGAACCUGGAUCAAUGACUUCUUCCUAGCGAACAUCAGAGCGUACAGAGACGACAUUGACCUGCAGAACCUCAUCGACUCGCUGCAGAGGAUGAACGCCUGCUGUGGAGCUCAGGACCCGAUGGACUGGGACCUGAACGUGUACUUCACCUGUAAUGGGACGCACCGCAGCAGAGAGAAAUGUGGGGUUCCGUUUUCCUGCUGCAGAACGGAUCCUGCUGACACGGUGGUGAACACUCAGUGUGGUUACGACGUGAGAAAGAAGCUCCAGAGGGAGUGGAGUGAUCAUAUCUACACCAAAGGCUGCAUGGCUGCAUUGGAGGACUUGAUACCAGGAAACCUGUACACUGUGGCCAUCGUCUUUGUGGUCAUCUCUCUGCUUCAGAUGGUGGGGAUCUAUCUGGCGCGAACUUUGAUCUCGGACAUUGAGAAGGCGAAGUUCAGCUACUGAAGCGUGUGCCUUGUGGGGGCGGAGCCUCUUCCUGGAGGGGGUGGGGCAAAUGAUGCAGUUGCUAUGGUAACUUGAGGCUGUUACCAUUUGACUGGUGUCUCGACCACCCCACCCUCUCGAUUCAGUGCCUCUUCGUGUCUCCUUCAGUGUCUUCCUCCUGUUGGACUCAGGUGUUUCUCUGUAUCCAGUCACACUUCCCAGAGUCCUCGGUACUCUGACUACACCCAGUACUCACGGCACUCUGAGUACUUUAAAUGCAGUUGGGCAGAUGUGGGACAGAUGUUCUGCAGAUGUUGGACUCAGACCUUCCACACACUGGAUCUGUAAUUGAAAACAUUUUGGUUUCAAGGCAGAUUUGAGCUUUAUCGUGAAACCUUUCGGAUUAAAUUUCAUUUGAUACUUUUUAUUCUGAAGGGAUUGCUUUUGUUUGUAAAGUGAAUUUUUUUUAUCUUUUUUACAUUUACCAAAAUAAAGUUCAUAUUUGCUCUCA